AAGGUCUCCGUGCAAAUGGCGGACUGCGGUCUGUUCUGAGCACACACCGUGAGACACGUUUCGCGCUCUGCUCUUCCGGAGAGUUUAGAGCUCGCUCAAGGAAGUCGCACCUGUGACGUGCAGCCGUGUGAGUGCUGGGGAGGCAGAGCUCGGGGUAUCUGGAGAGCAGGCCGAGGCCGGGGAGUUGAGUGAAAGAUGACAACCGCGGCCAGGCCAACAUUUGAGCCCGCAAGAGGAGGUAGGGGAAAAGGUGAAGGGGAUUUAAGUCAGCUCUCUAAACAGUACUCUAGUAGAGAUCUUCCUUCUCAUACAAAGAUCAAAUACAGACAAACUACACAGGAUGCCCCCGAGGAAGUCAGAAGCCGUGACUUCAGAAGGGAAUUGGAGGAGAGGGAGCGUGUUACUGUAAGAGAGAAGAACAGAGACCGAACAGCGAGGAGCGAACAUACCUCUUCUAUAUCCAAGAAACCUCGUCUGGACCAGAUUCCAGCUGCAAACCUUGAUGCAGACGACCCUCUCACAGAUGAGGAGGAAGAUGAGGACUCCGAUGAAGAUAGUGAUGAUGACACUGCUGCUCUCCUGGCGGAGCUGGAAAAAAUCAAAAAGGAACGUGCAGAAGAGCAAGCCCGGAAGGAACUGGAGCAAAAAGCUGAAGAAGAACGUAUUAGAAUGGAGAACAUUCUGAGUGGGAACCCUCUGCUGAACCUCACAGGCCCUGUACAGGUGCAAGCAAGUUUUAAAGUAAAACGGAGGUGGGAUGAUGACGUUGUAUUUAAGAACUGUGCCAAGGGCGUUGAUGAAAUGAAAAAGGACAAGCGCUUUGUAAAUGACACCCUACGCUCUGAAUUCCACAAGAAAUUCAUGGAAAAAUAUAUCAAGUAGUACAGUUUUAUGUGCUCCGGCCAUACAAGUACAACAUUUUUAACAUCUAUGGACGUAUGAUGGCGUGCUAAUGACUUCUGCAUUCUUCAGCGGUAAAUUCAUUCUUUUGGCGUUUGCUGACAUAUUUCGUAGCUGGAUUUUUUUUUUAUCCUUAUUUUUUUUCCAAGUCAUAUGUGAAUAAAAAUAACUUUUUUUUUUUGGUCUUUGCGUCAUUUGGUUUUGGUCUGUUCUUCUCCCCUCCCUCCACAUUGUUACGUUUUGUCAUGUUUGGAAUGGUGCUGCUAGCUGUUUCCCUUUCAAGGAUUAUUAAAUGUAAAUACAUUCAUAUCAGACUAAGGAUUAUUGUUUUAGGUAUUAUCUUCUAAAUAAAAAUAUUCGCUCUUU